AUCAGCUUCAGACAGACAUCAGCUGAACAAACCGAAAGUGAAAAAAAUCAUCAAACAAAAACACACUGAAAUCCUCGAGUGCGGUGAAGAUGGUCAUAAAGUAGUGCCGACAGACAGCGUGCACCCUACCAGAAAGGCCCGAGAGCAGCGGUGUUGUAAGAUGCAGACUGAAUGAAGCUAUAGAAGAACACAGCCUCUAAAUGAGCCUCUAUGAGGAGAGAGAGGAUGGAGAUGUUGUUCACUACCAGAACCAGAGAGCAGCAUCUCCAGAACCCAGCUGUUUGUCUGUGAAGAGCGAUGCAUCCAUGGAAGUACCCAUUAGAUUCAGUGAUGGAACAGUGACCUCUAACCACAGAGAUGAUUGGCUGACCUGCAGAGAGACUGGAAACCUGGAACUGGAUCCUCGCAAACCAGUAGGUGAUGAGCUACAGAGAGUCAAAGACCACCACAAAAACAACAUGAAGAACAAAUAUAAGAGGUUAUUUGAAGGAAUCAAUAUACAAGAAAAUCAAACUCUUCUGAACAGCAUAUACACACAGCUCUACAUCAUAAAUGGAGAGAGUAAAAGAGUGAAUGAGGAACAUGAGGUUUUACAGAUGGAGACAACCCCCAAAACAAAAUUCUCACAUAACACUCCAAUCUACUGCAAUGACAUCUUUAAACCCUUACCUGAACAAAGAUUUGAGGAGAAAGACAAAAUAAAGGCAGUUCUUACUAAAGGCAUCGCUGGAAUUGGAAAAACUGUCUCUGUGCAGAAGUUCAUUCUGGACUGGGCCGAGGGAAAAGCCAAUCAAGAUGUGGACUUCCUGUUUGUGCUCCCAUUUCGUGAGCUAAACUUAAUUAAAGAUGGUCAGUUCAGUCUUCACAGACUUUUGCUUGCCUUUCAUCCUGAACUUCAAGAUCUAGACUUAAAGAUUUAUGAGGAGUGUAAAGUUGUGUUUAUCUUUGAUGGUCUGGAUGAAAGCAGAAUUACGCUGUAUUCAGAUGGUGAAAAGGUUACAGAUAUGACUGAGACUUCAUCAGUGGCUGUGUUGAUGUCAAACCUAAUGAAAGGAAAUCUGCUUCCCUCGGCUCUCAUCUGGAUCACCUCCAGACCAGCAGCAGCCAGUCAGAUCCCCUCCAAAUAUAUCAACCGUGUGACAGAGAUUGAAGGAUUCAAUGAGCCACAGAAGGAGGAAUAUUUCAAGAAGAGAAUCAGUGACAAGCAUCAAGCCAGCAGAAUCAUUUCACAUAUUAAAAAAGUGAAAAGCCUCUACAUCAUGUGCCACAUCCCCGUCUUCUGCUGGAUCUCAUCCACUGUGCUUCAGAAGCUCCUGGAAGAAGAUAUGAGUGCAGAAAUCCCUCAAACUCUGACCGAAAUCCACUUCCUGCUCAUUCAGAUAAAAAUGAGGAAUCAGAAGUAUGAAGAUCCAGAGAAACCCAAGCAGUCCAACAGAGAAGUGAUUGUGAAACUUGCUGAACUGGCUUUCAAUCAGUUGAUGAGGGGCAAUGUGAUGUUCUAUGAGGAGGACCUGAGAGAGUGUGGCAUAGAUGUCAAUGAGGCCUCAGUGUAUUCUGGGAUGUGCACUGAAAUCUUUAAGGAGGAAUCAGUGAUUCAUCAGAGGAAAGUCUACUGCUUCACACAUCUGAGCUUUCAGGAGUUUCUUGCUGCAUUCUAUGUGUUUUACUCUCAUCUGAUGAACAACAUGGAGCCACUGGAGUUGUUUCAGGAGAGUGAAUAUGAAUAUCAUGAGUAUAUGUGGGGCAGGUCUGGGGGAAACCCUCUGUAUGCGUUACUAAGAUCAGCAGUUAAUAAAACUCUUCAGAGUGAAAAAGGACACCUGGAUCUGUUCCUGCGGUUCCUGCUGGGGGUCUCACUUGAGUCCAAUCAGACGCUCUUACAAGAUCUACUGACACACACAGAGAAAAGCUCUUCCACCAUCAGAGACAUCACAAAGCACAUCAAAGACACAAUCAAGAGUAACAAUGAUACCGAUUUUGAUGAUGAUUAUUAUGAUGACAGAUUCAGCAAUCAAUUUAAAGAGCAUCACAAAUGUCUCACAGCAGAAAGAUCUAUCAGUCUUUUCCUCUGCCUGCUGGAAGUGAAAGAUCAGACUCUGUCAAGAGAAAUUCAGGAGUUUGUGAAAUCAGACAAACUCUCAGAAAAGAAACUCUCUCCUUCUCACUGCUCAGCAAUAGCCUACAUGAUACAGAUGUCAGAUGAGGUGCUGGAUGAGUUUGAUCCUAUGAAAUACAACACAUCAGAUGAGGGCAGAUGGAGACUGAUACCAGCUGUGAUGAACUGCAAAAAUGUUCUACUUGCUGGAUGUGGUCUCUCUCUUCAGCAAUGUGAAAGUUUGUCUUCAGCUCUACGAUCAUCAAACUCCUGUCUGAGAGAGCUGGACCUGAGUAACAAUGACCUACAGGAUUCAGGAGCUGGACUGAAGAGUUCUCACUGUAAACUAAACAUACUGAGAUUGGUCCUCUGUAAUCUCACUGGUCAAUGCUGUGAAAGUUUGUCUUCAGUUCUGCGAUCAUUAAACUCCUGUCUGAGAGAGCUGGACCUGAGUAACAAUGACCUGCUGGAUUCAGGUGUGAAGCUCCUCUUUAAUGGACUGAAGAGUUCGCAUUGUCAACUGAACAUACUGAGAUUGUCUGGGUGUAUGGUAACAGAGGAAGGCUGUUGUUAUGUGACGUCAGUUCUGAGUUCAAACCCCUCACUCCUGAAAGAGCUGGAUCUGAGCUACAAUCACAUCGGAGAAUCAGGAGUAAAGCUGCUCAACCAUCCAAACUGUACGCUGGAGAAAUUCAGUGAGGAUCAUGGAGGAGAGCUCAGGAUUACAGCCGGACUACGCAAAUAUGCCUGUAACAUCACACUGGAUCCAAACACAGCACACACUCAUCUCAUUCUGUCUGAGGAGAACAGAAAGGUGACACGUGUGAGAGAGGAUCAAUCAUAUCCUGAGCAUCCAGACAGAUUUGAUGAGUGUCCCCAGGUUCUGUGUAGAGAGAGUCUGUCUGGACGCUGUUACUGGGAGGCUGAAUGGAGUGGAUAUGCUUUCAUAUCGGUGACAUAUAAAGGAGUCAGCAGGAAAGGAGCGAGUGAUGACUGUGUAUUUGGAUUUAAUGAAAACUCCUGGAGUCUGAUCUGCUCUGUUAACAGAUUUACUGUCCGUCACAAUAAUAAGGAAACUGACAUACGUGUCCCUUCAGGGUCCUCUAAAAGAGUAGGAGUGUAUGUGGACAUUCCAGCCGGCAGUCUGUCCUUCUACAGCGUCUCUGACACACACACACUCACACACUUACACACAUUCACCUCCACAUUCACUGAGCCUCUCUAUGCUGGAUUUGGGUUUAUGUUUUAUUAUCCAAACUCCUCAGUGUCUUUGUGUGAAACUGAAAAGCCUGUGACCAACAACGGAGACUUCACCCGCACACCUGAAUGAUAGAAAUACUCUCACUUUAUAUAUUGUAGGGCUGCUGAUUGUCAGGGUGUAUGGUUCCCUUGGGAACCAUUAGAAUCCAUGGAAGCUUUCUAUAAUAUCUAACUACCAAAAGAAAAAAUAAUUUCUUCAGCAUAAACCACCUUAAGUAAACUACUCUUAGAAGUAAAAGGUUGGAAAGAAAACAUACAGGGGUUGGCACUCACCCCUAAUCCUAGUGUGUAUAAUACGUGGUAUGGAAAAUCAUUGUGUUUUACAGUGUGACUUACCUC